AUGAAAUAUAAUGAUUAUAAAGAAAAUAUGCAAUUAAAAAUUACAAAACUCGAAGAAACGAUUGUUCAAUUAGAAAGUGGUGAAAACAUGGAUGAUGAUUUAACAACGAAAAGUAUCGCUGAUUCAGAUAAUGUACAUAGUGAAGCAAAAUUGAAUUAUGAACAGCAACAAUCAGACACCAACGUCAUCAUAGAGACCUCUUCAGUUAAAUGGAUAUAA